ACCCCCGAUAUCAAUUCCAGACUGAUAAAAGUGAUAAAGAAUGUCAGAAAGUAUGAUCGAUGCAUCUGUUUACUGGCAUAAAAGUUGGCUUCUUUGAUCUAAUUUUCUAUUAGCAGUUCUUUGGUGUCUUUGGAAUAACAAGUGUUGCAAUGUUCUCCCUGCCGGCAUACAACCCCAGUGUGCCAUUUAUGGCCUUCAUUCCAGGAGGCCUUGCACAUGGAUCCCGGGUGAGGAUACGUGGAGUGAUGCCAAAUGCAGCAGAUCGAUUCACGGUGGAUCUACAAUGCGGGGAUACAUAUAUGCAACAUGACAUUGCACUCCACUUGAGCGUACGGCCGACCGAGGGAGUCCUUGUCAGAAAUAGCUACGAGUUCAAUGCAUGGGGCGCUGAGGAGAGAAUCAGGGCUUGCCCUAUAUAUUUUGCGCAACCCUUCGAUUUGGAAAUUCACAUCGAGUACACCCGAUAUUCGAUUAAGGUCAAUGGGCAGCACUAUUGCGACUUUAAUCAUCGAUUCUCGUUAUCACGCGUGACCCAUAUAAGAAUUGGCGGUGACACGAUUUUAUAUUACGUGGGAACAGAGGGUGCACACCAUGGCGAAUACGUUCCACCACCGUUUGCUGAAACUUACCCACCACCACCAGAUGGUUAUUUUGCAGGAUAUCCACCACCGCCACAUCAUCACCAUCAUCACCACCACCGUCCACCGUACGAAUAUUAUGAUUGAAGCCCAACGUCAUUUAAUUACGUAAUUGCCAUUUCACGAGGGAAACUACAAUACAAUACUAUAUUUAAGCAAUUACUUAAAAUUAACAAUUAUCAUACGUGUAAAAUCAUAAAAGAUAAGUUUUUUACAUCAAAA